UAUGGAUUAUACAAACUAAAAAAAUCCUUAAAAUUAUUCAUAAAUGGAAGAUUUAAAAACACUUGAUCUAGAAGAAAGUGUAUCAGAGACUAUUGUAAAAGAAAAUAUGUUAUUUAGAUGAGAGAUUUAAAAAUGAUAGCAUAUAAAUUAAAAUAUGUAUUAAUUCCUAAAGAAUAAGAGGACAAUGGAAAAGAAUUACGAAAUUGUAAACUCUAUUUUUAUAUUUUAUAGGGGAUUUAUGGGGACCUUUAAUUUUUUGUUUAGCAUUGGCUAUGUAAAUUACUAUUUAUAUUAAAGGACUUUGAGUUUCAAGGCUGAUUCAACAACUAAUAGUUCAAAAUCUGAUGUUUUUGCAAUCAUUUUUGUUCUUAUUUGGGUUGGUGCAUUUGUUGUUACUCUAAAUGCAUAAUUACUUGGAGGAAAAGUGUAAUUUAAAUUCGUUUAUUUUUUAGAUCAUUUUUCUAAUCUGUUUGUUUAUUGGGUUAUUGUGUAUUUCCAAUCAAUAUUGAAGCAAUAAUUAUUGCAUUUAUUGGAUCCUAUUUACCAUUUGUAGUCAAAUUAAUCCCAGUGAUUAUUUGCUUUGCUUGGUCUGCAUAUUGUAUAAAUUCUUAUUUAAUCUAAUCAUAGCAUCUGUUGGUUUUAUGGCAUCAUUGGUACCACCCCAUAAGAAGAAAUUGGCAGUUUAUCCUGUAUUUUUAUUUUACUUGUUUUUGUCCUGGUUUUCUUUGAUAGUAUGA